GGCUGGGCAGGGCGCGGGCCGGCGACGCUGUCUCAUCCGCGCCGGGCAGGUGCGGCAGGGCGGGCGCUCACGCGGGCCCGUGCGUCCUUGGCCCGCAGAGAUGGACGGCGAUGGCGGCCGAGGCGCCCCCGGCACGUUGACGGAGGCCGGGCUCCGGGGGCCGGCGGGCAUGGCGGAGCCGCGGGCGAGGGCGGCGCGGCCCGGGCCGCAGCGCUUCCUGCGGCGCAGCGUGGUGGAGUCGGACCAGGAGGAGCCGCCGGGCCUGGAAGCGGCCGAGGCGCCGAGCGCGCAGCCCCCGCAGCCUCUGCAGCGCCGGGUGCUUCUGCUCUGCAAGACUCGCCGCCUCAUCGCUGAGCGCGCUCGCGGCCGCCCAGCCGCCCCCGCGGCUGCUGCGCCGCCCGGAACCCUCGCCGGCCCCGGAGCCCCCACGGACCCGGGGCCGGAGCCCGAGCGCACGCAACAGCAGCAGGCUAGCCCCGACCCCUGCGCGGCUGCGCCUGCUGCCGAACGGGCCCCGGCCGGCGGCCCUCCAGAGGAGCACGGGGCUGCCGGCGUGGGGUCUGCGGGGCAGGAGGAUGCGGGGGUGGCCGAGGCCAAGCCCGACCAGGGGGAGUCCGGGCGCGCUCGGCGGGAGGAACCCGGGGAAGAAGAGGACGACGAGGAUGACCUCAAGGCUGUGGCCACCUCCCUGGACGGCCGCUUCCUGAAGUUUGACAUCGAACUGGGCCGCGGCUCCUUCAAGACGGUCUACAAAGGGCUCGACACGGAGACCUGGGUGGAGGUGGCCUGGUGCGAAUUGCAGGACCGGAAGCUCACCAAGCUAGAGCGGCAGCGCUUCAAGGAGGAGGCAGAGAUGUUGAAAGGCCUGCAGCACCCCAACAUUGUGCGCUUCUACGAUUUCUGGGAGUCCAGCGCCAAGGGCAAGCGGUGCAUUGUACUGGUGACUGAACUGAUGACCUCAGGGACGCUGAAGACGUACCUGAAGCGGUUCAAGGUGAUGAAACCCAAGGUGCUCCGCAGCUGGUGCCGGCAGAUCCUCAAGGGCUUGCUGUUCCUGCACACGCGGACGCCACCCAUCAUCCAUCGGGACCUCAAGUGCGACAACAUCUUUAUCACUGGGCCCACCGGCUCCGUGAAGAUUGGCGACUUGGGCCUGGCCACUCUCAAGAGAGCAUCGUUCGCCAAAAGUGUGAUAGGUACCCCUGAGUUCAUGGCCCCUGAGAUGUACGAGGAGCACUACGAUGAGUCGGUGGAUGUCUACGCCUUCGGGAUGUGCAUGCUGGAGAUGGCCACCUCGGAGUACCCCUACUCAGAGUGCCAGAAUGCUGCCCAGAUCUACCGGAAGGUCACCUGCGGAAUCAAGCCGGCCAGUUUUGAGAAAGUGCACGAUCCAGAAAUCAAGGAGAUUAUUGGAGAGUGCAUCUGCAAAAACAAGGAGGAAAGGUAUGAGAUCAAGGACCUGCUGAGCCACGCUUUCUUUGCGGAGGACACGGGCGUGAGAGUGGAGCUGGCCGAGGAGGACCACGGCCGGAAGUCCACCAUUGCCCUGAGGCUGUGGGUGGAAGACCCCAAGAAGCUGAAGGGCAAGCCCAAGGACAAUGGCGCCAUCGAGUUCACCUUUGACCUGGAGAAGGAGACUCCUGAGGAGGUGGCCCAGGAAAUGAUUGAGUCUGGAUUUUUCCACGAGAGCGAUGUGAAGAUUGUGGCCAAGUCCAUCCGUGACCGUGUGGCCCUGAUUCAGUGGCGGCGGGAGAGGAUCUGGCCUGCAUUGCAGUCACGGGAGCCACGGGACUCGGGCAGCCCCGACAAGGCCAAGGCUCCUCCGGUGCCCCUGCAGGUUCAAGUGACCUACCACGCGCAGGCUGGGCCGCCAGGGCUGCCAGGCCCCGAGGAGCCAGAGGCCGAUCAGCACCUCGUGCCUCCCACGCUGCCAGCCAGCGCCACCUCCCUGGCCUCGGACAGCACCUUCGACAGCGGCCAGGGCUCCACGGUGUACUCGGACUCGCAGAGCAGCCAGCAGAGCAUGGUGCUCGGCUCCCUCAUGGAUACAGCACCCUCAGCCCCCUGUGUGUGCAGCCCUCCAGUGAGCGAGGGACCCGGCCUCCCACCCAGCCUGCCCUUGCUGGGAUCCUUCCAGCCACCCACGGCCACGCCUGGCCUGUCGGUGGGUCCCAUCCCAGCCCCUGCCCACCCUCAGCUCCUCCAGCCUUUCCCGGAGCCGGCGAUGAGCUUCCCACCUGUGCUGCCACCAUCCAGCACUCCCGUGCCCACGGGCCCUGCCCAGACAGCACCUCCUGGCCAGCCACCUCCUCCACUGGCCCAGCCGGCGCCCCUGCCGCAGGUCCUCACCCCGCAGCCCGUGGCCCCUCUGCAGCCUGUAGCCUCCCAUCUGCCUCCGUACCUGGCUCCCACCUCCCAGGUGGUGGCUCCUGCUCAGCUGAAGCCCCUGCAGAUGCCCCCGCCAGCCCUGCAGCCACUCGCUCAAGUUCCUCCACAGAUGCCUCCGAUGCCCGUUGUGCCUCCCAUCACACCCCUGGCGGGAAUUGACACUCUCCCUCCGACUCUCACUGACCUGCCGGCCGCCAACGUGGCACCUGUGCCCCCGCAGCAGUAUUUCUCUCCUGCAGUGAUCCUGCCCAGCCUCACCACCCCGCUGCCCGCAUCUCCGGCCCUGCCUCUGCAGGCUGUCAAGCUGCCUCACCCCACUGGGGCGCCCCUGGCUGUGCCCUGCCGCACCAUCGUGCCAAAUGCCCCAGCUGCCAUCCCGCUGCUGGCCAUGGCCCCGCAGGGUGUGGCUGCCCUGUCUCUCCACCCAACGGUGGCCCAGCUCCCGGCCCAGCUCCCGGCUCAGCUCCCGGCUCAGCUCCCGGCUCCCCCGGUGUACCCGGCAGCCUUCCCACAGAUAACGCCCGCUGACAUCCCUCCAUCCCCCCACCACACGGUGCAGGGUGUGAGGGCCGCCCCCCCGCAGCCGGUGCCACCUCUGCCACCUCAGCCCCUCCAGCCCGGCAUCGUCCACCUGCCUGAACAGGCUCCAGCUGCUGCCCCAGGAAGCCAGGUCCUGCUGGGCCACCCGCCUCCGUACCCCAUAGACGCCACCCCUGUCCCCGCUGUGCCUGUGACGCCUGCUGCAGUCCUGUCUCCACCGCUGCCGGAUGUGCGGCCGCCUGCCGCUCCCGAGCUCAUGCCUCAGUUCCCCAGUUCCCUGGCCCCUAUGGUGGUGGCAGUGUCUCAGAGUGUGCCCACCCAGACAGCCACGCUCCUGCCACCAGCAAGUGCAUCGCUGCCCGGCGCGCCUGUGAUUGCUCCCCCUGGCCCGGCCGUCCAGCUGACGGUGGAGCCAGCUCAAGAGGAGCAGACUUUGCAGGACAAGCCUCCUGGCCUCCCGCUGAGCUGUGAGAGCUGUGGAGGCUCUGACAUCCCUUCCGGCAAAGAACUAAGCGAUGGCUGCGAAGGCGGCUUUGGUGGGGGCAGGCUGGAGACCAGAGCAUCACGGAGACACCACCGCAGGUCCACACGUGCCCGCUCCCGGCAAGAGAGGGCCAGCCGGCCCCGGCUGACCAUCCUGAACGUAUGCAACACAGGGGAUAAAAUGGUGGAAUGCCAGCUGGAGACACACAACCGCAAGAUGGUGACCUUCAAGUUUGACUUGGAUGGAGACGCGCCUGAUGAGAUUGCCACGUACAUGGUGGAGCAUGGUUUCAUUCUGCCUGCUGAGAGGGACACGUUCAUCGAGCAGAUGAAGGAAGUGAUGGACAAGGCAGAGGACUUGCUCAGCGAGGACACAGACGCUGACCGGGGCUCGGAUCCUGGCACCAGCCCCCCGCACCUGGGCACCUGUGUGCUGGGUGCAGGCGAGGAGAGUGGACAGUCACAGGUGAAUGCCCCCGUGUAUCAGCAGAACGUUCUGCACACAGGGAAGCGGUGGUUUAUCAUCUGCCCUGUGGCUGAGCACCCACUGGCCGAUGCCCUCGAAUCGUCACCUCCUCUGCCUCCAAGCUCCCUGCAGUCUGAAGCCAGCCAAGAUCCAGCCCCCAGUACAGACCAGCUCCCCUUGAAGGAAGCACCCAGCUUCCCAGCCACUCAGCAGCUCCUGAGCCAGGCAGCCCUCAGUGACUCUUUGGGUAGCACCGCAGCCCCCUCUGCACCAUCAUGCCCUCCUGGGACUGCUGUACCCCAAGACAAAGCAGCACCGCCUGCCAGCGCCAUACCAGAGCCAGCACUAGUGCCAGGGACUGCCAUCCAGGCAGGGGGCCCAGCUAGGGCGUGUGAGACUCCCCAGGCACUGUCCGAGACUCGGGAUGCCCAGCUCACUGUGCGGCCCCCCAGUGCAGGCCAAGGACCUGCGGCCCCAGUCCCAGAAGCUCCCCGCUAUCCCACAGGCUUCGGGGAGACUGCCCCAGCCAGGGAAGCCAGUACCCCAGGGGAGUCCUUUCUGGCCCCGGCCCCUGAGCCCAGCACCCCCAGCAGGGCCUUAGGUCAGGCUACCCUAGGUCAUCCAGCGCCCCCGCUCCCCUCUGCUGUGAGUGUCGUGAGCUUGUCCGCCUCUCAGCUCCCCAGCCCACCCCUGGGGCCUGUCGCUCCUCCGCCACCACCCUCAGCCUUGGAGUCGGAUGGGGAAGGGCCACCCCCCAGAGUGGGCUUUGUGGACAGCACCAUCAAGAGUCUGGAUGAGAAGCUGCGAACCCUGCUCUACCAGGAGCACGUGCCCAGCUCCUCAGCCUCGGCCGGGACCCCUGUGGAGGCAGGUGACAGAGACUUCACACUAGAGCCCCUGAAAGGAGAACAGCCCCAUGCUGAGGCCUGCAACGGGGACCCAGCCUUGACCCCAGCACCCAGCGGUGCAGCCCCAGGGCCCACCCAGAUGUCCCAGCCCUCGUUGGAGAAGCUGGAAACAGCCCCCAUGCCAGGAGGUGAGACGGAGCAGGAGCAGGGUGCGUCGUCUUCAACAACAGCAGAGUCAUCUUCCAGCAACACGCUGGGCUGUGACAGUGAUGGCGGGCAAGUGGCCUCAGACUCGCCUGUAGCGCCCAGUGCCACCACCCAGGACGCCCCUGCACGCAUGGAACCCCCAGACCGGAGCAGUGGGCACCCCAGGGAAGUCUCUACAGAGCUGGCCCAGAGCUGCCCAGGGGGAGUCGCAGACGGCAGCCAGUCCGGUCGCCACCUGCCGCAUGGUGCCCGGUCCUCGGGCUCCUCUCAGAAGUGGAUGGGACAGCAGGACAGGGACUCACCUGCCAGAACUGUGGGCCGCUUCUCGGUGGUUAGCACACAGGAUGAGUGGACGCUGGCCUCACCGCACAGCCUGCGCUACUCAGCCCCACCCGACGUCUACCUGGAUGAGGGUCCCUGCAGCCCAGACAUGAAGCUGGCGGUGCGCCGGGUGCAGACAGCCUCCUCCAUCGAGGUGGGUGUCGGUGAGCCCGCAUCCAGUGACUCCGGAGAUGAGCGCCCACAGGGGAGACCACUAGUGCAGAAGCAGGCAUCCCUGCCCGGCAGCAGCACGGCCAGUGACUUGGUGAAGAAGGCCACCGCCUUCCUGCACAGGUCUUCUCGGGCAGGCUCCCUGGGGUCUGAAACACCCAGCAGGGCGGGUGUGAAGGUUCCCGCGAUCAGCGUCACCUCCUUCCACUCUCAGUCGUCCUACAUCAGCAGCGACAAUGACUCGGAGUUCGAGGAUGCUGACAUCAAGAGGGAGCUGCGGAGCCUUCGGGAGAAGCACCUGAAGGAGAUCUCGGAGCUGCAAAGCCAGCAGAAGCAGGAGAUUGAGGCCCUGUACCGCCGCCUGGGCAAACCGCUACCGCCCAGUGUGGGCUUCUUCCACACGGCGCCCCCCACCGGCCGCCGGAGGAAACCCAGCAAGAACAAGCUGAAGGCGGGCAGGCUACUGAACCCCCUGGUGCAACAGCUCAAGGUCGUGGCCUCCAGCACAGGUCACUUGUCUGACUCCAGCAGAGGCCCUCCCGCUAAGGACCCUGCCCACGUCAGCACGCCCCUGUGCGCCAAGGCAGUUCAGACCCAGCAGCCCUGCUCCGUUCGCGCCUCCCUGUCCACGGACAUCUGCUCCGGCUUAGCCAGUGACGGAGGCGGAGCGCGUGGCCAAGGCUGGACGGUUUCCCACCCAACGUCUGAGAGAGGGGCCUAUAAGUCUAGUAGCAAGCCUCGCGCUCGAUUCCUCACUGGACCCGUAUCUGUGUCCAUCUGGUCAGCCCUGAAGCGUCUGUGCCUAGGCAAAGAACACAGCAGUAGGUCCUCCACCAGCAGCCUGGCCCCAGGCCCCGACCCAGGCCCCCAGCCCACCCUGCACGUCCAGGCACAGGUGAACAACAGCAACAACAAGAAGGGCACCUUCACGGAUGACCUGCAUAAGCUGGUGGACGAGUGGACGAGCAAGACGGCAGGGGCCACGCAGCUGAAGCCCACGCUCAACCAGCUGAAGCAGACUCAGAAACUGCAGGAGAUGGAGGCCCAGGCGGGCUGGGGGUCUGCCCCCAGCGAGUCCAGAGUUAUGCCAACAGCUCGAGCAGGAAUGGGGACAGCAUGUCUGGCCCCAGUGCCCGGCCCUCUGUGCACUGCAGCCAUUCCUGGAGCCAUCCCAGCCCUGCCUGUGCCCACACCAGGUCCUGAGAGUGAGAAGCCCGACUGAGUUGGCCCCGGAUGCCAGGCCCAAGUUGCGUCGUCUGAGCCGAGAGGUGACCGACAUUCAGGGCCAGCCGCUCUUGCGUCCGGUUCACGCUGUUUUGUAACCACUUUCUAAGCAUUUUGUAUUCACGAUUGGAAACACAAACCUAACGCAAGAAUAAAACAUAUUUUCGG